AUGGAUGACUGGGGAUACACGGCAACAAAUGGUCCGUCCGCAUGGGCGAAAUACUACAUGGAUAAUAAGCCCGGCAUGGGACAGAAGCAAUCACCGAUUGACAUCGUGACGUCACAGGCUGUGUACGACUCGGACCUAUGUGACGAGGCAUUAAACACCAGAUAUAACCCGGAGAACCAACUGUGCUUGAAGAAUAAUGGACACAGUAUUAUGUGUCAAAUCAAAUCCCAAAAGUCAGAGUUGACGGGCGGGCCGUUAAAAGGUGACACCUACCGACUAGAACAGUUCCAUCUUCACUGGGGAUCUGAUGAUACAAAGGGCUCCGAACAUACCAUUGAUGGUAAACAAUAUGCAGCUGAGCUACAUCUAGUUCACUGGAAUGCCUCCAAAUACAAAAACUUUGCUGAAUCAGUAGACAAGAGUGACGGAUUGGCUGUACUUGGUAUAAUGAUUAACGUAGGGAUGGAGAAUCAAUCGUUUAAGGUCAUUACAGACAACAUUGGAAAAGUGAGCUCAAGUAAUUCUGAAGAUUGUAUAGACAUAUCCUUUGAUCCGACCUUUCUGUUGCCCAAUGUUACAUCACAAUAUUGGACAUACGAAGGCUCGUUGACAACUCCGCCUUUGUACGAAAGUGUUCAGUGGAUCGUGUUCAAAGACCCGGUUGAAUAUUCGGCGGAACAGAUGAAAAAGUUGAGGAGUUUGAAAGAUUCACACGAUAAAACCCUACAGGACAAUUUCCGGCCGCCAUUACCCGUCCAUAAGAGAGUAGUUCAAGCCUCGUUUAGAUAGAUUUAUUAGUUUUAUUGCAAUUAUCAGCAUCUCUGUUUUAAGAAAUUUCGAAAAAAUGUUAGUAACCCGUCAAUAUUUUGUCUAAAUCUCCAAUGAAAAAUCAACAAUAAAUGAACACUUACGAGUAAUAGGGUAUCAUAGUCACUUGAAUAUUGUAAGUAAAUGCGAUCCG